AUGAGCUAAUAAUGUAAUUCUUCUCCAGAGAUAGAACUUAAUAUUUACUCUCAAAAGCAAGACGAUAAUGCUGAAUACAGCUUAAAAAUUACUCCACCUUUUGAUACCUCUUAAAAUGAUAAUAAGCAUGAACAACAAAUUUACUAACAUCCCAGUAUAUAAAAUUCUUAAAAUGAAAAAAUUAAAGCAGAGCCUAGAACAAAUUUUUGGUUUUGGUUCUUCUCACUGAGCGCUUGCUUAUCUUUUACAGGUUCAAAUAUUCUAAGAAAUCAUCAGUCUCAAAAUGUUAUGUUUAGUCUAAAGAUUUUACUCUUACUUAUACUUGGAGGUUCAUUUGAGUAUUUAGGAUCUCAAAUGAUAGUUUUAAGUUUCAAAUAUGCUUCAUUAGCAAAUGUUAACUAAGGAAUAUGUAGUGCCCUUGUUUCGACUAACACCAUUUACAUACUAAUUGCUUCCUACUUCAUUUUCAAAGAGAGGAUAUAAACUGUAUAACUAGUUGGUGUGAUAUUAAUGGUUAUAGCUGUUUUAAUGGUAAGUAUCUUUAGAGUUGAUAAAUAAAUCUAAAGUCAGGACAUUGAAGAUGAAAAUAGUUCAAAAGACAUAUUCUUAAUGAUAAUUGGCGGCUUAAUCGCUUCCAUUAUGUUUGGAAGUCAACUUUUAAUGUUCAAAAAGAUUACAUAGUACAAUAAUGACUUAUUUGGAGUAGCCUUUUCUCUUUUAUUUUUUUCAUCUAUAUGGGCUAUAAUAUCUUUCAUCUACAUGUUUUUAACAGACGUAGACUAUGGUCUUAUUGGAAUAAGCAAUGCUAUUGUCCAUAACUAAGUUAUUCUACUCUCGCUUUUUAAUUACGUAGUUUAUGAUUAAGAUCUAAGUUUUGGCCAGGCAAUCGGUAUCGGAAUAUGUGUGAUAGGUGCAAUUUUGAUUACAAAUGGUGAUAGAAUGACUUGCUUUAACAAGAAAAAAUGA